AAAAUUAAAAUAUAAAAAAAAACGUAAUGUCCAAAUAAAUCGGCAUCAUUUUCAUUUUAUCUCGAUGAUUCAAGAAAGUUCAUAAUUGAGAACUGCCUGCAGUCUGCGCAAAGGACCACGUUUUGAGCCCUCUACACGUCUAGUUUUUUGCGCAUCGUACUUGAAUAUUUCCGAGUGUAGUAUAGUAUUCCGCCGUACAAAUAAAUGACACGCAAUAGAACCAAUAAAAAACGAUGCGCAGUUUUUAUAAAUCGAGUGAUUGCAUAGACGAAAACUGAACAGUAAAUCUCUAAUUUGGUUUGUAACAGCCGAGAAGUUUCAUAACAGUGCGGGAACUGCAGGAUAGUAGUAAAAUUGAAUGUUUUGAUGUCAUGCAGAGGCAUGACUUCCAUGCCCUGCGAUACGGAAGGGCGUGCGGUGCAUUACGUUUACUAUGAAUGAUUUUAUCUCUUUCUAAACUCUAGUGUCUGUGAAUGACCGAGUGAAAUAGCGUACCAAAUUAUGGAUUGAAUAGUGUUGUUGAUGUAUUUUGUUAUUUUCAUAACGUAACGCGAUUAGGAUAAAAUUAUUGUUAUCGUGGCCGCGAGGAAUCAGUGUGGCGAGUGGCUCGGCGCCUCGGAGCCGCAUAUACGGAACUGCGUCGGUUCGCGAAUCGGGCGUUAGAUUUAUCGUCUGGCGCGUUACUAUUUACGCACUUUUCGAAAAAGAUAGUACGUAUUUUUAGUCGCCGCGCGUGUUUCACGUGAACCGUCGGGAGCGUCUCGUCAGGUCGGGUGACCGCGAUCGCGGAAUUCGUAAACAACCUCAAGGUCGGCGGGCAUGUGCCAGAGUCGCUAGGGCUGCGAUGCGGGCACGCUGACAUGUCUGCGGCGGGCGGGGGCGGCGCGGGCGCCGUGGUGCGCCAGGGGCACCUGCGGAAGCUGAAGACGAUGAAGAAGAAAUACUUCGUGCUGCGAGCGGAGAGUGCAGAUUGCUCGGCUCGGCUGGAUUACUAUGAAUCUGAGAAGAAAUUUCGUGCUGGCGCGGCGCCUCGCCGAGUUUUACCUCUAAAGAGUUGUUACAACAUUACGCGCCGCUUGGACCUUAAGCAGAAGCAUGUGAUAGCACUAUUUACUCGUGAAGAACAGUUUUGUGUGGUGGCAGAGAACGAGCAGGAGCUGCAUGGCUGGUUGACUGCCAUCUUGCGGCAACACUCCUCCGAUGAAAACAGUGAUGAACUCCUACAUCCUAUCCAACACGUUUGGCAAGUAAACGUACAGAAGAAAGGUCUGGGAGCGUCCAAGAACAUCCAGGGGCUGUACAACCUGUGCUUGACGGACAAGACGCUGACACUUGUCAAGAUCAAGAGUCACAACAACGUCAUCAGUGACCUUGGCAUCCCGGAGAAGAUCGAGUACUCCUUGAAGAACAUUAGAAGAUGCGGCGAUUCAGAGUGUUUCUUCUAUAUGGAGGUGGGCCGGCAGACGGCGACGGGCGACGGCGAGCUGUGGAUGCAUACGGACGACUCCAACAUCGCUCAGAGCAUGCACUCCACCAUCUACCAUGCCAUGCGCAACUGUGCGAAAGAGACAGAGAACGAAAGGGAUCACAUCACGAUGCCGAAAUCAGACGACGAGCACCCUCGUCCUCGACGGCAAACGGUCUCCGAAGGCCAGAGGCCUAGAGCAGGCCUCACCAAUGAAAAGGGCCUCUGCGUUGGCUCAUGCAUUAGACAAUGCGUGUGUUCAACCAACACUUACUCCAUAGAUGACUCGGCGGCCGCCAUUGCGCCUCUCACGACCAACGCCGAAAACCAUCCACCGAAUAACUCACUAAUAACAGAUAAAACAGAACAUCCUCGCCUCAUAAAACACCACCGAACCGUCUCACUCCCCACCGGAUGCCCGCUCUUUCAAGAACCCCUCAAGAUAGUCCACGAGCGAACGAGGUCCGCACCUUUAACUGGGGACGAAGUAGAUAGAGUGACUAUAGAGAGAGCUCAGAGGCACUCUUCGUGCAAAGCCGUCAAUGGAACUGAAACAACGUCGAAGAAAACGCAGUGGAGCCGGCGCGCUAGUACGGGGGCGCGGCUGUCUAAACUAUCGCCCGCUCAUACAAAGAACGCUGUCGGUCCGUUUAGGAAUCGUUGCGAUAGUAUGCCUUCGAAGGCAUUUAAGUCUUUGGAGGUGGAGAGGCCCCCUACACGGCAUUCGGAUCUUAUUGAAGGCCUGAGUGCUUCCCAUGACGAAGCUGAUGCAGUGGAGUGGCACCGCACGCCGCGGAUACCCGAGGAGCCUGACUACUGCGAAAUGGGACCCCGGGAUAGGUUUAGUAAAUUGGGUCGCGAACCAGCGAGUCACUCCCGGACCUCCUCAAUAGCGGCCUCCGAGACGUCCCCAGAAAACGUCAACGAUGGCUACCUGCCCAUGGCACCAGAGUACCCUGCUGCGACUGAUGGCUACCUUCCCAUGGCGCCAUUAGAUCAUGGCUUGGUAUCAGCUUCCAGUGGGUCUGUGUGCAGCGGCACGCCUUCGACAGAUCCUCGGUUUAGCGAAUACCAGCUGGAUCCAGCCAUGUCGCACAUAAUAGACGCGGACGAGCGGCCGCCCCGCGCCUACAGCGUGGGCUCGCGGCCCGUGCCGGCGCGGCCCGACGUCACCCGCCUCCGGGCCUACAGGUAUGUGGGACCCAGCCAUGUCGCACAUAAUAGACGCGGACGAGCGGCCGAGCGGCCGAGGUAUGUGGAUCCAGCCAUGUCGCACAUAAUAGACGCGGACGAGCGGCCGCCCCGCGCCUACAGCGUGGGCUCGCGGCCCGUGCCGGCGCGGCCCGACGUCACCCGCCUCCGGGCCUACAGGUAUGUGGACCCAGCCAUGUCGCACAUAAUAGACGCGGACGAGCGGCCGAGGUAUGUGGAUCCAGCCAUGUCGCACAUAAUAGACGCGGACGACCGGCCGCCCCGCGCCUACAGCGUGGGCUCGCGGCCCGUGCCGGCGCGGCCCGACGUCACCCGCCUCCGGGCCUACAGGUAUGUGGACCCAGCCAUGUCGCACAUAAUAGACGCGGACGAGCGGCCGAGGUAUGUGGAUCCAGCCAUAUCGCACAUAAUAGACGCGGACGAGCGGCCGAGGUAUGUGGAUCCAGCUAUGUCGCACAUAAUAGACGCGGACGAGCGGCCGAGGUAUGUGGAUCCAGCCAUGUCGCACAUAAUAGACGUCACCCGCCUCCGGGCCUACAGUGUGGGCGCCCGCAACAGCCGCGUGGUGCCUGCGCCGGCGCACCGGGCGGGCGCGCGCGCGUCGUCGUCGGCGCCGCUGCUGCCGCGCACCUCGGCCGACGACCUCAUGGAGCUCGACUUCUCACACCCGGACCCCACGCCCACACCCACCCCGGCCAAGCUGGCGGUGUCGCUGACGCCCCCGACGGCAGGGUUCACCCACCCGCGGGCCGGUCCUCGGCCGCACACUCGCGAGGAGGACCGCGCGGGCUACGUGGAGAUGCGGCCCGGCGCGCCGCGCCCCGACCCCCACCCCCACCCCGCCCCGGCGAGGGUCGCCACCACGCCCGACGGCUACGUCGAGAUGAGCCUCGGCUCCAGAACGCCCCUCCGGCCAGCAGUCCUCGCGUCCUCCCCACAAACCCGCUCCGUCUUAUCGGACACCCUGUUCCCUCUCACGCUGGAGUCGCCUCCGGAAAGCGUGACGCCGGAACCGGCGAGGCAACCAGCGAAACCGGAACCCAAGCCGGAACCGACGAGGCAACCAGCGAAGCCGGAACCGGCGCCGGAGUUGCAUCACCCGCUUACGACUUUGAGGGAGAUUUCUGAGGAGUGUCCAAGGAACGCGGAGCCGGAACCGGCGAGGCAACCAGCGAAGCCGGUACCCAAGCCGGAACCGACGAGGCAACCAGCGAAACCGGAAUCUAAGCCGGAACCGGCGCCUGAGUUGGAUCACCCGCUUACGACUUUGAGGGAGAUUUCUGAGGAGUGUCCAAGGAAAAGUCCCGAGCUAUCGUCGUCGCCUUCGUACGUGGCUCUAAGCCGGCAAACCAGUCGCGUGGACACGGAGAAGCAAGGCAACCCGACUAUUGUCAAGGCGGGUGCAGCGUCAGGGCCCGCUCGGUUCGAGCCGCGGCCCGCGGCCCCCGCCGGCCUCAACUACGCGGCGCUCGACCUCGAGCAGCGCGCGCAGGCCGCGCCCCCCACCCCCCGCACCUACACGCAGAUCGACUUCCUGCGCAGCGAGAAGCUCGCCGCCGACAACUAGCCC